AGCUGAACUAGAGAAGUUAAAAAAAAAUUCGUUAAGCCUUCAUGGCGAAAACUAUUGGAGCCAUCGGAAAAAAUUACUGAUCAAUUAUCUGUUGUUUCUAGCUAAUGUCGAUAAUGGAGAAAUUGCGAGCGAAUGGGGGAGGAAAGAGAAUGGUUUAUCGAAGGUUCAGUUAUGUUUUUUUUUUAAUAUAAAUCUUCUCGGCUGAUCUGGCCAUCUCAGUAGAAACGCACCGAAGCGAUUUAGAAUGGACUUUUCUCCGAAUAGCCACCAUACUGUCCAUCGACUCCAUCCCAAGUUUGGAAUGUUUUCCAACUAAUACCAGGGGGUAGCCAGUUCGCAUAUUACUGGACUACCAUGUAAAUUGUUUGGACCCAAGCCCAUACUUGUUUCAAGGGUGGAUCAAACCUAGAUUGGUUCCUUUCAAUUUUUUUCAAGUUCUCAACCACCACUGGACCACGACUGUAUGAGCCAAAUAUUCAAUUCUGUUUGUAGGGUUUUCAAUAGAUUAGUGGUGAAGGAGACGUGUUUGUAAAAUGGGAAAUGUGUAAUUUUAAAAUCUCUUCAAAUAUCAUCUUAUGAGGUGUGAUUGUUCUAUUUCUACCCACACUUUUAACUAUAAAUUGUCUCUCAAAUCAUUUGUAUUUUUUUCGUCUAUGAUUUUGUUUUCCAAUAACAUGAGAUUUGAAAACAUUUUUAUAAAUUAUCAAUUGAAUAACUAUAGAUUUGGAGUUAUUUUGAUAGAUCAUCGCUGGGAGUUUACAGCGAAACCUAAUUUUCUCUCUAAAAAUGCCUCCUUCGAAAAGCCGCCGUUUCUCCUUUUAGAUCUGAGACCGGUGGCCGGUGGCUUCUUCAGCACCGGGGCUGGUCUCCUCUUUUGCUUUUUGUUUGCUCUUCGGCAUCUGUAACUUUCGGUGGUGAUGAUGGUCUAGACGAUGUCCGGGUUCGAGCUAGGUUUAUGUUGGGGUGGUGUGGUCGGAGAUCCGGCCUUCUUUUGACGUUUCAAUUGCUGGGUGUAACUGUUUUCUUUUACAGAGAUUCCUUUUAAAUUUGGUCUUUUGUGGUUUGGUGCUCUCCAUUCUAAUGUUUUCUUCUUCUCUGCAAGUUGUCUUCGUCUCGCUCCGGUUUCGAUCUUUCACCGGUUCUUUCGUAUUCGGUGUUGUCCGGUUCGUGUUUGGUUCGCUCUUUGUCUCUACUCUAUAGAUCAGAUCGAGAUCUGGUCUGUUCAAAGGCUUCUUUCGAGGCGUUAACUUGUCGGGGUAUAUUCUUUCGACUUCGCCGCUACCGGGAGGAAUAUUUUGAUCCUGUUGCUUUUGGCUUGGAUAUCUUGCUGGUGUGAUCGCCUAGGAACUCUUUCAUUGUGAGGUAGUCUCAAUCCACUAUAGGAGGAACCGCUUAUCGUUGUCUCGCUUUGCUGCUUCGGUUUGCUUUGUGUAAGGCAUUCCAGUCAUGGUUUUGAUUUGGUAGGUAUGGAGUUUGUGCUAGAUUCCAGAUUUAAUUUGUUGAGUCUCUUGUUUUAGUUUUCAUUUAUUCCUUGUUUCUUUCCCUGUAAUUAUUUAGGGCCUCGUUUGGGUUUAGUUUCGGGGGGUUAAAGUCCCGCCGGCUUAGUUUCUGAGGGUUAAAGUCCCGCCGGCCUUUGUAUUCCGACAAUGUAAUUCACCCUUGUUAUAUAAUCAUUCAGACGAAAAAAAAAAGAAGGAGUUAUUUUGAUAAAUACUAGAUUCAAUAAAACUGGAUCUUAAUAAUUUUAGAAAGUGACCACCCCAAUAAGAUGAAAUUGUUUCAAAGGAAAAAAAUCAUACCAAAUUAAUAUGCCCUAUAAAUAUAAAAGUUGAACGUUGAAUGAGAUUUUUUCCAAAGCAGCACCAAAUAUUAUCGUAAAAUCAAUAAUUCCUUUAAUAAAAUGCAAAAACAGGAAGAAAAUCAAAUGCAUGAGCAAAACAAUUUGUAUAGAUAUGUAUAGAUAAGCAUCUUUUAUCUUGUAUAUAUAUAUCACCCCUAAAACUACAGAACAAAUAAAUCUAAAAAAUAAUGAAUUUUUUUUCGUAUUUUUUAGUUGUUAUUGUAUUGUGUGCAGGAUUGAGUAAUGCGAAGUUCAACGAAAAAAAUUCUGUAGUUUUUAAGAAUUCUCUUGGUCCCAAAAACGUUCUCAAGAUUCAUUGUAUAUCAAAAGACGACGAUCUAGGCUACAAUUAUUUAAGACCUGGACAAAUCUACGAAUUUAGUUUUCAUGAUAGUGUUUUGAAAACCAAAUUUGAUUGUGAGUUAUGGCAGGGACGUGGUCCUACUUACAAGUUUUAUGCAAACUUUCGGGCGUACAAAGGUGGCGGUCUGAUAGUUCACAGCGGUAAAAAGAACUUUUGGGAAGUUAGAGAAGAUGGUAUUUACUUUACACAUGGUAAGGAAAUACCUAAAUUAGAGUAUAAAUGGAGCCCCAUAGGAGAGCCCCCUAUAAGAUCAUAAAAUGUUUUUUUUAAUAAGUACAAUUUUAUAUCUCAUGUUCU